ACAGUCUGCAGGCUCAAAGGUCACAGCAAGUGACAGAGAGGGAGAAAAACUUAUUUAUGUCUUACUAAUUUCUACAGAAGAAAAAAUAUAUAUUUGUACCGUGUUUGAAGGAAUCUCAAUCUUUUUUCAGUCUUAAUUUUUACAGAGACAUUUUUUGAAACAUUACCAACACUUGAUUUGCAAUGGGUCGUAUAUUAAUUCUUCUUCUUCAAAUCUCUCUGUUAUUGCAAGGUAUUUUAGGGGCAUCAUUUUUUUCAGAUGAAGCUACAAACCAGUUUUUAAGGCUGAAAAGACAAGCAUUCUCAAGACAUUUUUGGGAACCUGCUCCAUUAGAAAGUUCAUGGGCAUCCACAAUUACAGACCAGGUCAGUGAAACAUGGAGAUCAUUGGUAAACUCCAUACAAUAUUACCUAAAUAUGGAGUCAGACUGUUCAUCAUACUCUUCUGCUAAGAUCAGGCAACACAUGAAAUCUUAUGUCGAUGAGCUCUGGCCAUGGGAAUCCAACCAUUAGGAUGACAUAGACAUGCAAAAUGAUUCCCAGAUAGUUCCUGGAUAUAUUAACAAAUGUAAAUGUGGUGCAGACAAAUGUUAUCUUGUAAUCAUUUAAGUUAUCAUGUAAGUUAUAAUAAAUUAAUUGUGAUAUGAUUAAAUGGAGUGCAUGUGAUAGACAUAUAUUUUACCACUAGUACCUGGUGCUGCCCUGGUAUAAAGUGUUAGUCUGUUUGUGUGUUCUUUACAUUUGUUCUAAGAGUGCCCAGGAGGCCGAUAAUAUCCUUGGUUUUCUGUUCGUAAUGAAAUGACUAGUAGCACUUGUGGGGAUUCACUCUGGUAGGCAGAUUAGCGGACGCAGUACAGAGGCAAAAACAAAGUCUUUAACUUAAACAGUUCAGUGUUUAUUCACACAUAAAAAAAAU